AAUAAUCUCAAAAGAGAAUAAAAACGGAGACGUGAUGGAGGUGAUACGGGGACGUUUCCGAAACAUUUAUAAGAAAUAGGAAAUUUAACUAUUUUCCAUUAAAAUCCCAAAUUAAAAAGGAAUAAAAGAGCUUAUUCUAGGGUUUUAUAUUAGAUAUCGUAUCGCCUCUCUUCUUCACCGCCACCUCUUCUCUUCCUGUUUGAGACUUUGACGUUAUUUAGCUUUGAUGUGAAGUCACUCACGUCUCUCAUGUCAACGUUAAUCGUUACGUUACUCACCAUCACCAAGUCACCACACCAACCUCUUGGACCAGAACGAACAAUUUCUGCCAGGCCCUAGAGCGAGAAUGAAAAUUGAUUUGUCAUUGAAAGGAAGAAGUGCAAUUCGGGGAUGUUGUCAAUUGGGAUUGACGCCAGGGCAAAAUAAAAUGAAGAAGAAGAAGGUUUGUGGGUUAUGGUCGUUGCCAGAUGCGGUGGUUGUGAACUGCCUUGCUCAGUUGUCGAGAUUGGACUUCGCGGCCUUAGCUAUUGCCUCCAAGAAUCACCGGUCUCUGGUGGUUUCCCCUGAGCUCAGGGACUUGAGAUGGCAGCAGCGUUGCAUGGAGCCAUCUCUCUACGUAUGCUUGCGCAUCUUUCCAGAACCAAGCCCACGCUGGUUCAUCCUCCACCCCAUGCAACGUUGGCUGAAACCGAUCCAUAUGGACUUGUAUCAGGCUCCGAAAUCAGCCUCCUCUUUUGUAGUGAUGGGUUGUGGCAUAUGUAUUAUUGGUGGACUCGUAGACGGCAAACCCACUUCCGAAGUCUCGUUUUUCGAUUGUUUCGAGCACAGAUGGUAUCGCAUGCCGCCAAUGAAGAUGGCUCGUGCUUCCGCAUCGGCAAGCCUGAUGACAGAUUCGAAGAUAUAUGUGUUUGGAGGGUGCGGGGAUGAUGUCGCCAAUUCCUCAAACUGGGCAGAGGUGUUCGAUGUCGCUACCCUAACUUGGGAUUUCUUGUAUGUGUUUACGCCCAAGAUGCCCCUUAAUAUCCAACAAAGUGUGGUAAUGAUAAAAGAGAAGGAGGUUUACGUAGUGGAUGAGGAUGGUCAAAACUUCUCUUUCUCACCAAGUAAAUGUAUGUUUGUGGCAAGGGGCAAAACAGAUUCUAUACCAGGAAACAUUUACAGAAACGAUUGGUGUGUCAUUGGGACAUUCUUAUUUUGUCGUGGUACCCGCGGAAGAAUAUUGUGGUGUUUGCCCUAUGAGUUGCAUUGGAAGGAAGUCAAGGGUUUGGAAGAACUGCAACAGUGGGGAUUUGAUAUCACCAAACUUUGCACCAACCCUGCUGGGAAUAUUGUUAUCUUUUGGAAACCGCAUCCUCUGAGUUUGGAGCUUUGGUCUAUCGAGAUUUCCAUAUCCUUGGUGAAACGCAGACGCAAUGGACGCGAGAUUUUGGGGAAGAUUGAAUGGUCUGGUGCUGUCUUCAAACUUGAUCCUCUCAUAGACUCAUCAUAUAGCUUAAAGGUCUUAAGUGCAGAUUAUGUCCUUGCUUGAAAUAUUUAAGUGUUUAAACUAUUUAUUUAUUCAUAUAUCUCUAGCUUUAUACUCUUGUGUUCCUCUCGUUUGGCAAAGUAAAUUCUGAUAUCUACAUAGAUUUUAACAUGUUAUUUGAUA